UGUUUUUUUAGAGAAUCUCGGUUGCAGCUGGUUCCUGCUUAGAGAAGGUGUUGGACAGGGUAUCAGCUACAGGAUUGCAAACAGCAGUGUCCGGGAGAUUGAUCCUCGAUUCCUGCAGACUCCAAGCCAAUCUUGAAGAGUUGGCAACCCUAAAACCAGAGAGAUGUUAAUGAGUACAAGAAUGAAAGAGAAUCCUGCAAAUUUUCGGCCAUCAGAAAAAACAUUUGUCUUUAAUUUCAAGACAGGACAGCAGUCAUGUGUGCUGACUGCACCCAUCCAGAUCCCUAUGCAAGGAAGUAUCAAUGAUUUACAUGGCCGUCUUAUGCUCUUACAUAAUCUUCCUUAUUUUGUUGAAAAUGAUUUAAAAAAUUCUCUUGAUCAGUUUGUCGAUGAAGAAACUAAGAAGAAUUAUGAUAAAGAAUCAGAAGCUGCCUUAGAAAAAUUAAAAACCAAUGAUGUGUGUACCGAACAGUUCAUUAAUACUUGGGCUAAAGCUUACCAUGAGAAAACCUUAGAAUAUGCUAGGCCUGAAGAGCCUAGUUGGGAUGAAGAUUUUGCAGAUGUUUAUCAUGAUUUAAUUCAUUCUCCAGCCUCUGAAGCUCUACUCAACUUGGAACAUAAUUACUUUGUCAGAGUCUCAGAACUUAUUAGUGAAAGAGACAUGGAAUUGAAGAAGCUGCAGGAAAGGCAUUCUGUGGAAAUGGACAAAGUGAUGCAAGAACUAGGAAAAACCCUUACAGAUCAAGAUGUAAACUUAGUUGCUGCUCAGCAUUUUGAAUCCCAACAGGUAUUGGAGAACAAGUGGGCCAACGAGCUGAAACAAUUAAUGGCAAUUCAAAAACAAGAGUACCAAGAGUGGGUAAUAAAACUACAUCAGGACAUGCAAAAUCCUAACAACAGUACAGUCAGUGAGGAAAUCAAAGUAAAACAAAGUCAAUCCACUGUAGCAAAUGAACGAGUGUUUGAAGAACGACCUCUGUUGGAAGAAAGUUUUACUAUACAUUUAGGAGCCCAGUUGAAAACUAUGCAUAAUUUACGGCUAAUGAGAGCUGAUGUCCUUGAUUUCUGUAAACAUAAGCGCAAUCAACGAAGUGGAGUUAAACUUCAAAGAUUACAGACAGCCCUGUCGCUGUACUCCACCUCUCUCUGUGGGCUUGUCUUACUUGUUGAUAAUCGUAUCAAUUCCUAUAGUGGCAUCAAACGAGAUUUUGCAACAGUUUGCCAGGAGUGCACAGAUUUCCAUUUUCCUAGAGUAGAGCAGCAGCUUGAGAUUGUCCAGCAAGUUGUACUUUAUGCAAGUGCUCAGCGUAACAAGAAGUCAAAAGAAAGAGCUGAGCUACCAAAUGGAAAUGGGGGAAAUGAAGAUAAGUCAAAGAUUGGAGAAAGAAAUCCAUCAAAUAUUUUACCAGGAGAAUUUUAUACCACAAGACAUUCUAAUCUUUCUGAAGUUCAUGUUGUCUUUCACCUGUGUGUGGAUGACAAUGUGAGAUCUAGCAACAUUACAGCCCGUGAUCCAGCAAUUAUGGGCUUGCGGAACAUUCUGAAAGUCUGUUGCACUCAUGAUAUUACCACAAUAACUAUCCCACUCUUAUUGGUGCAUGAUAUGUCUGAGGAGAUGACUAUACCUUGGUGUCUGAAAAGAGCAGAGCUUGUGUUUAAGUGUAUAAAAGGUUUUAUGAUGGAAAUGGCAUCCUGGGACGGGGGAACUUCUCGCACUGUGCAGUUUCUUGUGCCACAGAGUAUUUCAGAGGAAAUGUUCUACCAGUUGAGCAACAUGCUACCUCAGAUUUUUAGAGUGUCGUCUACCCUGACCCUGACCUCCAGACGAUAAACAACACAAAUAUCCAGUGAACAUCAAGUGAGGCAUGCUGACAUGUCACUUUUCUGUGCCCUUUGGACAGUAUAUUUCAAAAAAAUCAAAAGCGUGUGGUGUUUCCCAUGGAACGAGAAAAUGAUCCUCUUUUUGCUCACUUCAGUAGAAUCUAAAAUAUUUAGAAUUGUGUUUUAAGUUGAACUUUGCAUCGUAGCCUCUGUACAAUUUGUACUGUUACUGUGAUUGGUGAUAUGUUGUUAUAGUGACAUUUAAGUCUCCUUUUAUAAGUCUAGAAAUUACUGAGCAAUGUCAUUGUAAGUAAAUUUGUAUCAAAUUCCUCAAACCAUAAUUUCAGUAAAGGUGAUGGAUGACCUGUUUAUUUUUAAUGGGUUAACUCAUCCACUAAGAUAGCGGAGAGGGAUUUGAUAUAAAUUCAUUCAGCAUUUGAACAGUUACAUCCUCAAUAAUUUCCAGAUUAUGAUUUGUAUAUUGUACUGAGAAAAUGUAAAAAUAAUUCCAGUUUCUGUGCACUAGUCAUUUGUACAUGUCUGAACUGAUGCUACAAGCCUAAGAAUAAUUAAAUUUGUGAAACUGA